UCGCUCUUCAGUAAGAUUUCGAAAACCUCAAAGUGAAGUAUAAUGGCUGAUACUGCUGCUCCAGUUGCUGCUCCGGUUGCUGCCUCCCCGACCAAGGCACCAAAGAAAGCUAAAGCGUCCAAGGGAGACGCCAAGAAACCGAAAAAGCCAUCGACUCACCCACCAGUGAACGACAUGGUUUUGGCCGCUAUCAAGACCCUCAAGGAACGUAACGGAUCUUCGCUGCAGGCCAUCAAGAAGUACAUCGCCGCCAACUACAAAUGCGAUGUCGCCAAGUUGGCUCCGUUCCUAAAGAAGGCCCUGAAAUCGGGUGUCGAGAAGGGAAAGCUGGUCCAGACUAAGGGAACUGGUGCUUCCGGUUCAUUCAAGGUUAAGGCCGAUGCAAAGAAACCGGCUGGCGAAAAGAAGGCCAAGAAACCGAAGAAGGAAACCAAGGCCAAGAAACCCGCUGGCGAGAAGAAGAAGGUUGCCAAGAAACCAAAGGCCACCGCUGCCAAGAAAGCUGGUGAGAAGAAGGCCAAGGCAGCUCCUGCUAAAGCUGCCAAAAAGGCUGCUGGUGUGAAAAAAGCUGCUGCUCCCAAGCAGAAGCCCACGAAGCCGUCGAAAACCGUAGCCAAGAAGCCGAAGACUCCCAAGCCAAAGAAGGCUGCUCCGGCCAAGAAAGCUGCCCCAAAGAAAGUCGCUGCCAAGAAGUAAGUGACCAAUGGAAUAACCAAAAUUUGGUUCAAAACAAUCAGUCCUUUUCAGGGCUACAAACAGUAUGAAUGAAGAAGUUACUUUGGUUUAGCUCUCUGCAAUAUGCAAAUGCUGUAUGUAAUUAUUUUGGUUACACGUUUGUCAAGAUGUUAUGUGAAUAUUUUUUUGAUUGUCAGGAAAAUUUUCUUGCUGCUCACAAGCAAAGAAUUCUUUUUACUGUCGGUUUCGUGCAACACUGGCACAACUCAAAACUUUGCAUUUUUGAGUUUUCGAUGGCAAACGAUGCUAAAUACUAUUAAGUUUCGUUCCACGAAAUGCCGUUUCAAAAUUCACAAAAAACCCAGAGUUUUGAGUAGAAGUGUUUUGCUGCACAACUCAAAAUUUCUCUAUAAAAGUAGUAAAAAUAAGGUUAUAGCAAUGUGUAUAAAGUCGCUUUUUAUGCGGGAGAUACGUGCCGCGUAAAAAAAAACCGCGUGAAUUCCGAAAUCCGCGUAAAAAAAACGCGUAAAUUCCGGAAUCCGCGUAAAAAAAACGCGUAAAAAGCGACCUUAGUGUAGUUUGUUAUCUGGGGAGUCAUUCAUGCACACGUCUACGCGUAACAUAUAAUUUGAAUUCAUUUUAGUUCAAACCAAAAAAAUUUGUAUAAUUGACAGCCAACCAAUUGAUCAUCUCUUUUUAACUUUCCCAACGUUGAAGUUCUAUUUUUACUAAACAGUUUGAUAUUGCACUGGAAGGUUCUGGACCAAUAAACUGUGAGUUAUAUCCUUGUUUUGCAAGUUCCAAGUGCUUUCAACACUGAUUGGCUGUCAGAGAAAAUACAAAUAUUUGCAUGUCUGCAUUUACUAGUCAGACAAACAUCCGCACAUUUAAGCUUUCAUGCUUCUAAAAAGCUUCAAUAAAUACUUAAAAAAUG